UAACGGAGAAUGUGCAAUCUCACUGUUCGAGGGUCAGUGAUGUGAGAUUGUGCAGCAGGAAAGGAUGCAGAAGCUACAACAGCGCAAGAAAAAGCAGCAGCAGCAGCUGCGAAUCCCGAGGAAUUCCCUCGUGCAGUACCAUCCGGAAGUUCAGGCAAAUGUACUCUUUGGGCAACUUGUUGAGUGCUACACAUCCUGGCACAAGAGGAAUCUCCUAACAGUUAAAACGAAUCUCUUGGAGAAUCUUUCGGAGAAUUUACGCAGCAAACAGAUUUAUCUCAUCCCCUACGCACGAGGAUUUACGCUGGAGAUUCAGAGACAAAUUAAGAUUAUUGAAUUUCUCCAGAUAAUUCCGCAAUCCGCGAUAUGUUGUGCCAUUCGCUUAGCCCAUUUAUUUGCCUACCCAUGCCUGUCGAUGCUGUUGGAGCAUCAUAUUGACUUAUCGGACGUGCCACUGGUUGCAAUGCAAUCACUACUGCGGCAGGAGUCGAGAUUAAAUGAGCAAAUAACGAGAGCACUGGGUAUUUAUCGUGAAUGGGACGAAGGCAUGCAAAUAGGGGCAGUAUUCAGUCAAUUACUCGGUCACAAGUACUAUGAAUCAUCAUCCAUGUGGCUGAGAAUACAGCCACAAAUUGAUAUCGCUACACACUGUAGGGGCACAAUUGAGGAACAACUGGGAAUGCAUGUGGAUAGAAUAGGGGAAUAUCAGAGUAUUCUCAAUUGCCUCACCCACAUACCCAUUGACGACACAAUUCAGCUGAUCUACUCCCUCCCUUCGGUUGUACUCAAGAGAGACAUUUUACCCACAUUUAUCCCCAAAAUUCACGAGAAUGCCCCCUGGAGCGUUAAAGCUCAAUCCCUAAUAAUCAGUGAGGUGAUCUUCAGGGAAAUGGAGGUGGGAACUAAAGUACAAUUUGACCAUCAUGUGGAUCAUCUUCUGACAAAACCUCUCCAUCUCAUUGAGGUGCUUCUAAUGAAUCAAGAAUGGGAUGUACUCAAUAGGGCCAUUCCAGCACUCUCCGGCUACCUCUCCACCGCUUCCUGCCCAUUUUGUCAUCAAAAUCAGGAAGAUUUCUCCAAAAAUGCAUCCCCAGACCCGCAGGAACAUGCCUCCAAUCCCAUCACAAUGGACUGCUUGGAUAAUUUACUCAUUGUCUACGCUCUGCAAUCACUGGACAUUCACAUUGUCCAUCAUGAAAAUUCCACAACAUCGAGUAGCUUUGAGAAACUCUCCCUGGACUUUGAUAUGCCCCCAGAGGCACCAGCAAAGGUGGAUUGGACCCCCGAUGAAGCUGUUACAGCAUGCAUGGCGUGCAAAUCCACGAGAUUCACAAUGCUAAAGAGACGUCAUCAUUGCCGCCGAUGUGGGAGAGUUGUGUGCAAAAGUUGCUCAGGGCAGAGACGUCGUAUCCCGGAUAUGUAUCGCAAUCUUCGGGUACGUGUAUGUGAUGAUUGUGUCCGUUGGGAGGGGAAGAGCCCCCCGAGUCCACCCACACAGCGAAAAACCCGCCAAAGACCCGAGGAUGACGUGUGGAUCCUCUCUGGGGAUCACAACGAAGAUCAAAUGCUCCGUGAUCAAUUCACCUACGAAGAUGCCCCCAGUGCUGCCUUGUGCCUCAGCAUUCUCAGUCAGCAUUCAUCGGAUUUCAAUGUGGCGAAAUUCCUUCUCUGGGAAUGUGAUCGUCUUGAAUCUCUUCUGCGUCCCAUCCAGCUUGGACGGUGCAACCCCGAAAUUGACUACUCAACAAUUGCCAAAAUGAUGAAAUGCCUCGCUAUUGCAGCUAAGAUACGCGUGGAUCAUCCAGCUUGUGACAACUUCAAAUUGAAAGCCGAUAUCAUCCUAAUGGUCAUUGAUGCGAAAUGCGAAUCACUGCUACCAGUGGAGCGUCUCAAAACAAGCGAUAGUCUGAGGAAGUUGAAAGAUAAUUUACUAUCAGCUGGUGUUUGGCAACUUGCUCUCGAUAUCUCGGUUAAAUGUGGCUUUGCCAUUGGGGGUGUUAUGCAGGCAUGGGGUCUUGAGUGCCUCCGGCAAGGUCACUACAUGAUGGCGCGUGAAAAAAUGUCGCACUGCCUUCAAUGUCUCGUUCCGGAUGGUUUUUUGGACACAAUCCUGCCAAUGAUGGUGAAGAGAGCAAAACUCGAUGCAUGGGAUGAAUUGAAAGUGAUUGAUCGUCCACGGAGACCAUUGGGUGCAAUUGCGGAUAUUCUUGCAAUCCUCCAGGGUUUGGAGGAUGAGGAAUUUGCCUUCAGUGAAUGCUUGUACUACCUCAUUCUCUAUGCAUCCCACGAGGAGAUUCUUUCAUACCUUAUGCUGUGUGAGAGACUCCACACAGCCCUGUUGUACACACUCACGCAGAAAGUCUCCUACAGCACAUUCAUGGGAAUAAUCUUCCUGCCACAGCUACAGCAGGGACAUGAAGCAGCUGUACUGAGUGGUAUGAAGAAGAUUGACUCAACACUGUGGCGUUGGGAGGCAUUUGUUAAGCGAUUCUGCUGGUACCUCGAGUCACAGCGCAAAUAUGAAUCUCUGUACAAUUUGCAAAUUCUCAUGAAUGACCCCAUUAGGGCUUCAAUGACGUGCAUUCAAUUCUACACCGUUAAUGCCAAAACCUACAUGGAUUUGCAGAAUAACCUACGCUACCUAAUCACAGCUAAGAUGCACUGCCUAUCGGAAUUGCAUAAUAUGGAAUGCGGGGAACCCGUGAAGGAGGUUGUGAGAAUAACGAUGGACACAGAAUCCCUACGGAGGCACAUUGAGACGAUUGAGGUGCAAAUAAACGUGACGGAAUUCCUUUCGAGUGCCGAGGAGAAUGGUGAGGACAUCAUGGAGAAUGUGAGGACAUUGGCAGCUGGUGGUAGAGCUGAUUCUCCCCCUCCAACACUCUUUGGAAGCCCCCCAGAAGCAAAUCUCAUCCCAAUGCUAACCCUCGUCUCGGGAAAUAGCCUCCGCAGGAAUUUCGCCCUCUUCAAGACAAUCCUCAAAAUUACAUCAUUUCCCCUGGAGAAAAUCUACGAGAGUUGCGCAAUUUUUCUCGCAACUGAAAAUCGUUUUCGUGACAUCAAGGAGAUGAUUAUCUGUGCGAGAGAAUUCAGCGCGGCAGACAUAAAUUUUGACAAACUCAUCUUUUUGGCCGUGAAGAGUGCCAAUGCCGCUUAUGAGCUCCACAAGCACGAUGAUAUUGUCAAUGUAUCAUCCCUUAUUGAGCUAAUUGGGGACAUUCGGCUCAAAAUUAAAAGCUACAUCCAUCUGGGACAACUCAAAACCGCCUAUCUUCUUGCUGUACAAACUAAACGCCUAGACGACUUGCGGAAGAUCGCAAAAAGGGCUCAUGCAACACAUCAAGUCCACAUACGAAGACUGUGCGAAAAAUACUUCGCAGACAACACGCAUUUAUCUCCUCAAAGUUAAAAAUCCUUUUUUUUUCAUAAAAAUUUUAUCAAAGAAUUUUUAUCAGGGACUGAUUGUUUAAAGAACAAAAAUAAAAACGAAAUAAAGGGGUAGAUUCUGAUAAAAA